AUGUGUUCGUCGAUUCUUGCUUCUUCAUGAGUCUCGUGGCUCUCUGCAACAAGAUGGCUCGUCGUUCCGGUGACCAAGAAAAUAUAACGAUUGCGGUGUAUUCUAGCUAUGUUUUUGCACCAGAUAACAGAUAACAAUUUCGAUUGAAGAAUUUACAUUUGCUUAGAGUUACUUACUCCAGAUUAUUGCGGGGUGAAUUUUGGUUUGAAUGACGCAAACUGAGGAAGGUGGGAACAGAGCCGCCGCGGCCGCCACCAGGCCGCUUUUCACAAUUCCGGUGACUAACUUCCAGGGAGAUCUGCUGCGAAGAAUUGUUUCCGGGAAUGAUUUGUCUCAAAAAGUCGUCGUUGACCAGCCGGCGGAAGAUUCCGACGAGGUUGAGCUGAGUCUUGGGCUGUCGUUGAACGGGAGGUUCGGGGUGGACCCUAGAGCCAAGGCGGGGUUGCAUCUCAAACGUUCGUCUUCAGUCUCUGACUUCUCGCCUGCGGCGGCGACGGCGGGGACGGCUGGGGUGAGAGAGGAGGAAGCAACGACGUGUCGUGUGCCGAGGCCGUGUGUGGUGCCUCUGAUGAGAACGUGCUCGCUUCCGAGUGAAACGGAGGAGGAAUGGAGGAAGAGGAAGGAGCUGCAGAGCUUGAGGAGAAUGGAGGCGAAGAGGAAGCGGUCGGAGAAGCAGCAGAGGAGUUAUUCGAAGUUGCAUAGGGAUCGGAGCCGUGAGAAUUUCGACGUGGAUAGGCUAGCUGAGCCCAUCAAUGCAGGUGGCGGUUGUCCUCCGCUUCCGCCGGUACCGCCGCCCCCGGAAUCACAGGGGACUAUUACUGGGUCUCAGGGGAGUGGCUCGUCGGGGGUUACCGAUUCUGAGAGCCAAGCUGCUCAAGUAGUGCACAAAUGCACUGAAGUAAGAAGCGGUUCUAAUAUCGAGUCGUUGCCAAAGAGUGAGAAGGAACCACUUGUCCCCUCGCAGAUGACAAAGUCUGCUGAAAUCUCAGCUGAUAACUCAGGGCAGUUGAAUGGAGCUGUCCAAAUGGAAAACCACUGUGCGAACUCCACAACCCCUCACAAGGAAACCAAGGAGAUUGUGAGGAAUGUGUUGGAUAAUAUGCCAUCUGUGUCUACUAAAGGAGAUGGUCCCAACGGUAAAAGAGUAGAAGGCUUUCUUUACAGGUACAAGAAAGGUGAGGAAGUGAGGAUUGUAUGUGUUUGCCAUGGCAGCUUUCUAACUCCAGCCGAGUUUGUGAAGCAUGCCGGCGGUGGCGACGUGCCACAUCCUCUUAAACAUAUAGUGGUCAAUCCUACUCCCAUUUUGUAAUAGUGUGCUUGUCGAUCAUUCAAAGUCCGAAUGCAAGGCUGUGUCGAGAGUUGAAGAGACUCAUUAAUUGUCAGUUUUUUUUCUUUUUUCUCUGGUCUUUCAGUGGAAUGGUGGGCACUUGUAUUGUGUUCGAUACAUGAAGCCCCGUAGUUGGAAAGCAGAUUGUGACCAAGAGACUGGGUUUGUUUAUAUGCCCUAUUUGAUUUAUUUGCCCCUUUAUUUAUAGAUGUAUAAAUCAAGUGCCAAGUACGAUCAUCUGAGGCGAUUCAUCUGAGCUGAG